AGCUCCUGUGACAAGGAUGUCAUCCUGAAUAUCCUUAGUGUCCUCACUGACUUGCUUUCUCUGGGGACUGGCCGGAGAAUUCACUAUGUGAUCAGCAAAGGUGGCACUGAGGCGCUGCUGCAGGCUCUCGCCACCGCUGCCCGCGUGGAGCCGCCCGACCACAGCACCCUCCUGCCUCUGCUUCGCCUGCUGGCCAGGGUCGGCCAAAGAGAUAAGAAGUUUGGUUUGAAAGUGCAGAAGGCAGAAGCAACUGAUAUAAUACUGAGCUUGGUAAGAAGAAACCUGGGCCACCACCUGCACCUCACCCACUGCCUCUGGGUCCUGCGGGUUUGUGCUUCUAACAUUACCACAGGAACCACACUUGGCAUCAAUGGAGCCAUGGAGCUACUUUUCAAAGUCAUCACCCCCUACAGCAAGAGACACGUCAGGACAGUCAGGGCAACACUUGGAAUGGCAGCAAUGCCAAUAAAAUCUGCAAAUAAACCCAGAGUGGAGCUGCUCUGGGAUGUGUUCAGAGACAGGGAGUGAAACAUGGAGGGGAGAACCUGAAAACUUGAGGAAGUGGCUGCUGAGGAAGAGCAGGGCUGCUUACUCCUAAUAUGGACCAGCUCUGGGGUUGGGAAUAGAAACUCCC